AUGAGACAUGUCAGGUUGAUGGAGUUGCAGCGUGAGCUGGGCUAUACCUUUCGAAACACCCGAAAUCUCACUGAUGCUCUCCGGACACUCGGCGAGAGACCGGAUGACCCUCGGUUCUCGCGCAGUGGCAGCGCGGUACUGCUAAAUGUCGCAUCCUCCGUAUUAACAAUGAUGCGCACAGCCGCUGCCCGACCUGGCACGAGCAGCCAAAGCUGGAGCCAUAGCCACUCAUACGCCGGUCCCCCUACUCCGUCCCCUAUCGCAGUCCUCAGGAGUCCCGACUUUGAGCUAAAUCAGAGCAUAUCUGAGGCCAUCUUGUCAGCCUCCGUGUUCAGGAAGCCCAUAGCGCGGCGCAAUAUCGAUCCGAUGCAGAUCAAGCUUGCUGCAGGCACCAUUAUCGGAGCAGCCUUUAUAGACAGUGAUGGGAGUCUCCACUCCAUGUACAACAUCAUCCAUGCUCUCGGGCUGGAAAAGUCUCUCGAGCCCAGCCCGGAGCCUACGCCUGUGAAAAGCCAAAACCAUGAUGGAGCAGGUCAAAGCUCUAGCCUGACAGAAUCUGAUGGACUCCGGGCGCCUGCGGCGGAAGGCCAAGAGAGCACUGGGCAGGAUGUUGACUUGACGUCUGAUUCCGUGUCUACCACCCCUGCUUUCGGGGUCAUCGAUCAUGAUUUGAACGCCCACGAAUCUGCGUCCACCGACACGACCACUCAGCAGUCUAUCAUGACGCAUGAGGGUCAGCCUUCCGCCGUAUCAUAUUUUGACUGGGACCAGGAGGCCUGGGAAGCCAGCGGGGGCAUUGCCAUCCGACUUUCACUUGGUGCCAAACAUGGUUAUGUCACAAUAACAGGGGGUCCCAGGCGUCCUACAAUACAAAAUUCCGACUUGAUAUCCACGUCUCGGCUCCCCACCUUGAUCCACGAGUUGGACUGGCAGGCGGACUUUUCAACCAUCCCCAGCCUCCCCGAUGAAGCGUUGCCACCACUGGAGCGAGAACACAACCCAGACCGGACCGAGGACUGGGAGGUCGAUCCACGGUGGCUCCCUGCUGAUUUUCUACGAAGUGUCGAUGCAGCAAAGGCCCAGGCUUUCCUUCUAGAACAGAAGGUCACUGCACUUUCUCAACAGAAACAGAUCCCGAAGGGUGAGGGCUACAUCGGGACGCUGACGACGCAACUCUUACAUCAAGUCGCGUGGUAUUUGGCAUACGCGAAUCCACAACUGCAUCCCUACCUCCAAAGACAUCUGAGGACGGAGCACCGGUACCAUAUACCGUUUUACCCUCCACUAAUCAACGAGUAUUUGUUCAACACCGUUCCCGGACCCCACGACAUACGUCAACUCUCGCAUGUCGAAAUGGCCCAAAUUGAUGAGUUAGCUCGGUACUUGGUACGAUUUUCACUUUCCAAGGAGCCCGUCUUACCGGAGCUCGCGCAGAUUCUUGUACGAAGCCCUGAGGAGAAGUCAAAUGUGCAUGUGUCUGCGAAAGAGUUAGAGUUGUUAGCGCAGCUUGCCGAGGACUGGAGGGAAUUGGAGACGCCGAUGGCUCCACCCCUGAGAACAUAUGAGCCACGAGAGUGGGUGAAAGUGUCAGAGAUUCCCGUGCAUGCUGCGCGAGACCAGAUAUUAGCGAAUUGGGAUCCUGCCGGUGUCGAGACGAGACAGGAGGCGAUCAAUGAGUCGGCUGACGUGGCCACUGAUGCUCCUUUCGAAACUUCUCCAGAUGUCAUCCCAGAGACCACCUUAGAAGCAGCCCUAGACGCUAUCCCAGAGACGAUCUCAAAGCCAGAUCCCAAGACAACCCUGGAGAUGACCGGGCAGUCAGCCAAAGCGAUAUCUUCAACCUCACCGCAAUCACAGCCCCGUAAACCUUGGCCUAAAUUCCGCCCUGCCCGACCCUCUGAGAACAAGCCAGGGCCGAAGGAUGACCUCGCCACGCCGGAGGAGCUGGAUGACACGACCAGCCCGCAGCCUAGGGCCAAACAACUCUCAAACACUUUCUUCACGCCCCGUGGGUUCUCCAAAACAGGAAAGAUGUUAAACACGCCGAAAGGAAAGAUGGCCGAGGCGGUGAACCAGCAACACAAACUCCGCGGCCCGGUGUCCCAAUACCCAUUCUUCAAGCCGGGCGCAAGUCAUAAACCAGGGAGAAAUCCGAAAGCGCCACAGGAAAAGGUGGAAGUCAAGCCCCGGGUGAAACCCCUGCGACCACAGCAUACCUUUUUCGGUGCCAAAGGUCCGUUCGGCAAGGGCAAAGGCCCCUAG